AAUUUUAUUGUAAAUUUUAUCUUCCCACUUUACCCUAAUUUAAAAACUAUUCAAAUAUAAAAACCAACAACCUUAACUUUCUCUCUAUCUCUCUCUGGUCCCAAAUGGAGAGGUACAAAUGCAAACUUUGCACAAGAUCAUUCACUAGUGGCAGAGCACUCGGUGGCCACAUGAAAGCUCAUUUAGCCACCCUCCCUUACCACCACCUUACUCCUCCAUCUUCUUCUACCUUAUUAUCAUUUUCAUCUUCUCGGGAAAAUUCAGAUGAAAAAAGUUUAAUAGAUUCACAUUCACAUUCACUGGUUAGUUCGAUUUCCGAAACUUCUCCGGAAGAAGAACUUGCUAAAACUCUCAUGAUGCUGUCAAGAGAUAAAUGGAAGAUCAAUGUUGUUGUCAAACAAGAAUCACAAUCACAAGAAAUUGAAAGAUCAAUGGAAGAGAUGGAGUUCAGAAAAAAUAGUAGGAAGCACAUAUGUGACGAAUGUGGGCAGAGCUUUCGAAGUUCAACAGCAAUGAAAAGUCACAGAAACAUUUGUCUUCAAAAUGAAGUUGCAACAACAAGUGGUGGCGAUCAUAAAAUAUUCAAAUGUUUGGUUUGUUCUAAGGUUUUUGGUUCUGGUCAAGCACUAGGUGGUCACAAGAAAUCUCACCUUCAUAAGAAAAAACUCUGUUUCAUUGAUCUCAACUUGCCACCUUCGCUACAAGAAAACGAUGAUAGCGAACAAUGUGUUUUUUAUGAGUAGAAAUUGUAAGUUCAAAAUAUUUACAUUCACCGUGCGCAUCAACUAGUUGAGCUAGACGUGUUACAUUUUAUGAUCUCUAAGAUGGUUAGUUAAGUAAGAACAUUUUAUUUUAAUUAUCUUUUUAUUGUUUAGAUUAAGUGUUUUUGGUGUAACUGUCUUUAUCAACAUAUAGGUUAUAAUUUAUGUUUUCACCAA